AUGGUGGGUGCUCAAGAGCCCUUGACUGCUGCGCAAGAUUCCUCCGUUGCCGCACCACGUCCUGCUCAAAGGCAUCGUUGUCGAUAUGAUCUGAACGCUCUACGAUUCCCUGCGACCGUUGAGCUGAGUCAACGUAGCAAACACACAGAGCGAUAUACGAUUCCAGGAGGCCCACUGUGCUACACAUUUGAACAUCUGAGAACUAAUGUAACAUGCCAGGUCUAUGGACGCACUGGAUGUCGGCUAGCUGUUGCCAGCAAAAACACUAUGACAGCGGUUAUUGACAACGAUUUUCUCGGCGAUCCACUCAGCCUUCCACAUUCGUGCAUACCGGCGAAGAUUGUUGAGGAUAAAGUUGGAAGACUAGUCUAUAAGGAAUUCGAGGAAAAAAAGAGAGUUGAAUUAAGCACGCAUGUCGCAUGGCAGAGUGUCGAAGACCACUUUGGAGCAUGA